AGGAAGUCCCUGCGGCGAACCUGGCCGUUCCUCGUGUGCUUCACGUAGCAGCACUGAAGGAGGAGGGCCAGAUGAGUACGUGAAGGCCCUGCAGGAGGCAGGAAAGUACGCUUUGUGGGCACCGCUGCUGCGUGACACAUUUCUUUUAGAGGAGCCGUCUCUGUUGUUGGGACAGAUUUGCUUCGACGUAACGGCAGACGACCAGCGAGGAUCUUGGCUGCUGCCGGAAGAGCUGUUGAGUCAUCAGAGCGAACCAGCUGAUGAGGAUGGUAAUGACAGGCAGCUUUUUACGAACACGCCAAUUACUGAAGACGAGCAGCAGGCAAUAGACGAGGUUUUGCUGCAGCUGUUGGGGCUGCAGAAGCAGGAAGAUGCAGCGAAUGCAACACAACAAUGGCCUGAAGCGCUACUGGGGGUGCUGGAGUCUGAGGUUUAUCAUGAGCUUCGCAACAUGGGCGCGUGCUAUUGGCACGGAAGAGACCGUAGGAUGCGGCCAUUGCUUGUCAUUUCACUCCAGAGGCUACAACAGCUGCAGCGAGAGGCAGCAGUGGAAGAGAAGGUGACGCGUCUUGUCAUUUUCUGCUUGGAGUUCUUCCUAAGGUAUCUGUGCGUCGCGGGAGUCGUGGAGAGCUGGUGCAUCCUCUGUGACCUGAACGGUACAUCCAUAUCAAGCUUCCCAUUGCCACUGCUUCUGAGAUUAGUACAGUUGAUCCAAGGGUCGUACCGGGGCCGCCUCUAUCGUUUCUAUAUCCUCUAUGCUCCACGGCUAUUUCACUUCAUAGCCAAGCCGUUGGUCUCGUCUUUGCCGACAACUACGGCAAAGAAGCUUCGAGUGUUUACAAAUCCUGAUGACUGGGAUCAGGAACGACGAACGCAGUUUGCUGCCCACCAGCUUGAGAAGAAGUACGGGGGAACAGCUCCCGACAUAUCAGAGCACUGGUACCCCUUUCGCUUCUUCCCGGGGCCAUUUGAACCAGAGUGUGGAGCAGGCCAGAACGGCGCCCCGAAGACAGUCGUCCGUUGGGAAAGCGAACAGGCACUGCAUGUUAGGGUGCAUCCACUUGUGCACACUGGAGUUUCUCUGCAUACAUCCUUAGUAUGGAAACGUGGGGCUGAGGAACAGAGCCCGCCUUUUCGAUAUGCGGCAUGGCUUCGCCAUCUUCCUGAGCUUUAUUUGGCUCCAUCAACUGUAGGCUGGGCAAAAAGCAUGCUCAGCAGUCGUCUACAAGGACAUCAUGAUUUUCUGGUCCAGCAGACUAGGCACCAAGGGGGGCUGACUGGAUUUCCGAAUGCUCCGAAUUCGUCGGGUGAAGCGCGGAAUGGAACACCUCAGGCUCCCAAGGGUGUAACUGUGUCUUUUUCUUUGAGAAGCUCUUCUUGUUUGUCGCUGGCGGAUGAGACAGGUGGUUCCCAAAGCGUUGGAGCAGGGCAAAAUCUUUGCAUGAUGGAAGCAGGGAGUAUCCCGCACGGCGUAGAGGAUGCAGAUGGGCGGUGUUGGGAAAGUCCCCUGGGUCAAACGGCCAUCUACACUUCUAGACUACAGGUUGAGGAUACCGUGAAAUCAGCUCAAAGCCAUUUGGAAGGGAAAGGGCAGGCUGUAUAUGAAGGUCAUUCUGUGGGGUCGCCAUUCUUUAAUGCUGACAGGAGGGAACCACCGUUAGCAGACUUGCCUGCCCGCGAGGAACGCCAGUGUGGAGACUCCCCUCAGCAAGCCUCAUCUGCUCAUGCUCCCCAGCGAGCACAAAAUAAGCGAUCCCCUCCAUCCUCCCCUUCUUGUGUAAUGCACAGCGCUGCAGGGAGGGAUUUGCAUGCUCAUACUUAUUGGGCCCUUGACGAUUCCUGCGUCCAGCUUGGCACCCACACUGAGAAUCAAUCCAUGCCUGGUAACAAUGCCACAGUGACGCAAUCGCAUGAAUUUUCUCCCAAGAACUCUUGUUGGGAAGAUCGGCGGCGAGUAUUCACAGCACCUGGUGACCGGCGCGACGGAAGCACUGUCGAAAAUAUUGAAGCUUCAUUUUAUCCUUCAGCAAACACCAGGUGUCUGAGAACGCCAGGCCCGCAAGAGCUUAGUGCUGGGAGAAUGGCUUGUCAACCGGCUACACCAUCGCCUCUACAGCACCCGCAUUCACCAGGCUCGCCGGAUGGCACCUGUCGCACGGUGUCGAUUUCGACAUCAGGCGCACUUGAAAGGGCCUUGGGCUCUCCUCCAAGUGCCGCAUGGCAAGCCGCUCCUUCAUGCGAACGAUCCCCAAAGUGGAGCGUCUGUGCUUGCAGGACUUCACCUCCUUUUCCAUGCGAUGGAGUGAAGGGGUUUUCUAAGGAAAAGAGGGUUCCUUGCGCGUUUCGUCCGAGCACUACACAAUGGGCUGCCCACUAUCCCCAUGCAGUGGCGGCAGCAAAUAAGACGGCAAAUAUGAAGGCGAGCGGGGGGGGGGAGCCUUCGGACCGGGGAUUGCACCACGCCAAUUUCCCCGCAGUCGUGUCACACCUAGAUACCCGGAGGCUGCGCGUUCAAGGAUCCUCACAAUUUCUUUUGCCUGUUGCUGCUGAGCCUUCUCCCAGUGUGUCAAUAUACUCGGGAAGCAGUCGCUCAGAAGCAUGUUUGGCUUGUGAGGAUCUCUCCAACUUCCAGGGUGGAAUGACUUCGCCGACAGAAGAAGCUGACAGUCAACUUCAAGGGCAGGGAGUGCAAAAGCCUCGGUCUCUGGGACAUACCGACGUUCUGAAGACAAGCAACAACUGGAUCACUACGAUGCGACGCCAGGAAAAGCCCACACGAAAAGACUGUACAGGCGGCACGCUCGAAACAAAUUGCAGAAGACUGAGAAAAUACAGCGUGAUAUCGUUGAGCCGGGAAGACGCCAUCGCAUUGGAUUACGAAGGCGACUACGCCGUCGGCUGCUCCCGCAGAAUUGUCAUGCGACGGCCACCUCUUGCGCAGGAGGCAUUCCGAAACCAGCAGGCAAGCGACGUUAUUAUAGGCGAGUCAGGCUCUACCGCAGAGGCAGAGAGGCUAUUUCAAGCACGCGCUUUUCAUUCCGGGAAGGCGCUGUGCGUUCAAACAGAAGUGACUGCAAAGCAUACGCCGAAUCAACGAGUGAUGCAAGAGUACCUUUGA